CAUUUGCUGGGAAGAAGGGAGAGCAACAGCAGAGGUGGGACAGAAAUGCUACACCUCGUCAUUCUGUCUGCUAACAUCCCAACUGCAAAAUUCACCACACCCGACUCUCACGUGUCUGCCAGCUUUAGAGACACCACCACUUCCGUGGAGCUGCAUGCUGGGAAUCCAUGGUAUGUCUAAUUUCUCUUAGAUGUCACAAGAAGUACAAGAGUUAUACAGAAGGAACAGAAUCCCACUUGGAAUGAGGGCUCGAUUCACACGUCACUCUGGUGUAAAUCGGGAGUAACUCCAGUGUCAGAUCAGGAUCAGACCCACAAUGCAUGGUGAAGUGUGUAUUGUGUUGCUUCCCCUGCAGACGCUGGUGUGGUUCCUGGGUGAUCAGCCCCUGGACAGCGCUUCUUUUGUGGACAUACAACUCCGGGAGUGGGGUCACUUGGCUACAGAAAGGGAUCUGGGCUCUGCUACUGUAUUUCUAACAUCUCUUGCUGCAAAACCAAGCAGCAUCCUCACCCUGAAGGACCUGCCCCUUCUGGACGGUGGCCACCAGCCGACAGGCUGUACCAUCAAUUUAAGUGCCUCCUACACCCCUCCAGGACUCAAGGCCAUAGGGGAGCCAGGAAAACAAAAAGCCAGUGGUGAAAGGGCACACAGUGGGGUCAUCACAGCUAUCCGUAGUAUCACAGGAAAGGAUCAUCAGAGGGAAGGAAUCAGCAGCAGAAUAAAUUCCAGAAGAGAACUCACAGACAAAAAACAGGACUUCCAGGUGCGUGUGAGGAUCAUUGAAGGCCGCCAGCUCCAGGGAAACAACAUCAAGCCCGUGGUGAAGGUCUUCAUCGGCGACCACGUGUACAGGACGAGAAUCAAAACAGGGAACAACCCCUAUUUUAAUGAGAUAUUUUUCCAGAACUUCCAUGAGACGCCUACUCAGCUCUUUGACGAGACCAUAAAUAUACAGGUGCUGAACUCAAGGGCAGUGCGAGCGGAUUCCAUCAUUGGAGUGUUCAAGCUUGAGGUUGGCCGUGUGUACGACUCUCCUGGUAAGUGAAGGCUGUUCGUGGAACCGUUAGACAAUUAGAUGGGCUGGGCUGUUCCAAGUGCCUGGGUACCAAGGAAGAUACAAACCAGGAUUUCAAACCAAUCCCAGUUGCCCUGCGUUUAUUCUCACCCUUGGGACUCCAGGUGCACAAACCAGCCAGGGACCUCUGCACUGAUGCAAUCACCCAUGCUCUUUAUUUCCAGUGUACUUUCCCACCACCUUCUAGCUACAAACAGCCUCAGGGACUGCUAGCUCCUGCAGCCAGGAGAGGAGAGUUCCCACUCCCUUUCCUUCUUUCCCCCGUGGCUUCUUUCUUGCCAGCCUUUAUGUAGCCCCUGGCUAACGAGGCCGGCAGCUGUUCCCCGUUUGCCAAUCAGGCCUGGACUUAGCCAGCCAGCUCCA